GGCAGGGACACCUUCCACUGUCCCAGGUUGUUGGUUUUUUUUAACUUCUCUCCUGUGUGGAGUUGCAGAGGCGGGAGGAGGGGGGAAUGCAGAAGCUGUCAGUGGGUAUUUGGAAUCUGGGCAAGGUCAAACCCACUGCACUGUUGAAGUUUUGAGUUAUACACAGCCCCUUUAAGAGACUCAAUCACUCAAACCUUUCAGGGGAGGAGUUAUGCAGUGGCUAUUGUGUGAAAAUAAAACAUCACUGAGGAGGAAAUUCCCCAAGUGAUUUCAAAACUGAGAACACCACCAGAUAAGCUGCAGUGAAAAGACAGGGAUCCAGCGGUGCAUCUGCUCCAGCAGAGGUUGCUUCAGGGAGCCCACUCCUCAUUAAUAAGGUAAUUUGGCUUAACUUGCCUUGUCCCUUUCCCAAGGCACAAAUCCACUUGGCUUGGCUGCAAAACUUCACCCACACCCAGCAGAAUGUUUAGAAAAGUCACCAGAUACAUCGUAAGUCAAAUGGAUCCAAACGAAGAACUGGCCCCUGUGGAGAGCAUUGUAGACCACGAGCACUUCAGACUCUCCUGCCUUCUGAUUAAAAAAGAAAAACGAAACCCCAUAUUCCGCUCACGUCCCUACUUCGCGUGUACAAGGUUUAGUCUGGGCAGCGUGCUGCUGCCUGAAGGUGAUGAGGAAAGCACAGAGUCCCUCCUUCCCUCGGGAGAUGGUCCAGGUUCCAGUCAAUUCACUCUCACAAAGGUCACUGAUGCCAAAGUCGAUGGGAAUCUCAAGCUUAGUGUUGACUCUGCAAAAGUGAACCUGAAAGGAGGUGGCUCUGUGUCCCAGGAGUUUUCCAUCAAGAUGCAGAAGAAGACCAUAUCCAUGGACUCACUGGAGGCCCUGAGACAAAAAGUAAAAAUCAACAUGGAUCACUCCUUCAUCCAACAGCUCCAGAGGACAAAGCUCAAAUUGUUCUUGGUUUAUGAAACCCUGGAAGCCUCAGAGGAGCUUGUCUACAACGAGUCCACCAAGGCACACGGGAGCUUCCUGGCCAAGAUUUAUGCCAAGCUCUCUGGAAAGGGCACCACAGAGAACAGACAAAGCAUAGUCAUCCCCAAGAGCUGCACCCUGGCCUUCAGGGCCAUCCAAGUGAACAUUAACAAGGGAGAAUUGAGACUGGGAUUUUUCACAGAAUGUUCUACUGAACUUGUAGGUUACGAAGGUGAUGGUUUCGGGUUGUAUGAUUUCCUAAUACCAAAACCAGACAAGGAGGAAAGAGAAGUUAAAAAACACUAUGGAGUGUUGUCCAAGCUGUCUUCUGACCUGUGGGUCAUGUUCCUAAAGACCAUCACAGCUGUGCUGAGAGACGGGAACCUCUUUCCAGAGCUCAGCCAGAAGAUAGAAAGAUUUCUUGAGAAAAUUGAUGGUUAUGAGCCGAAAACAGAAAGCCCAGACUUAAAAGACCUGUUGAGCACCUUAGAGAAUUCUCCAAGAGAUCAUCGUCGUCAGCUGGCAAAGGGAAUAACCUACACCCUCGAUGCUUUGGAUGAUGAGGCUUUGGGUCUUAGUGGGGAAACUGAGGCAGAGCUGACUCCCAGUCCUAACAUCUCGUCCUGCUCCUGCUCCUGCUCCUCUUCCUUCCCAAGUGGAAGCUGCAUCUCUAAAUGAUCACCCUUCUCAUCCUGCUCACCCUUCCCAUCCCACCCACUAUCUCAAACACCUUGGUGGCAGGUUUUUGAUCAGAGCUGGAUUAAUUCUGCAGAGCUACUGGACGAUCAGCUGCUGCUGCUGCUGGAAUCCUUGGAAAGGAAGAUUGUGUCCCAACCCACAUCCACCUUUCCGUGUGGACGCCAGGCUGCUCUCCUUCCCACGGCAGGAGGAUCAGAGCUUGACCAUGGCCCUGGUGGAGCUGAGCAGAGUGAAGCUCCAGGAAGAUGGAUCAGCUGUGCCCAUGGAACAUCCCUUUGAGGUCAUGGCUGCCCUGUACGUGGCCCUGUACAUCCUCUGCCUCCUCAGUGACCCCAAAUAGGCACCUGGCCCUGCCCAGGGAACCCCUCCCCAAGGUGCUGGGAAACUUCUGCCCAUGAGCCACUUCUCUCCCCCAUUUUCAUCCUUGUUAAUGCUUAUGGCUGCUUUGGCUGGGAAAAGCAAACUCAAGGCAGGAAACCUCAUUAUGGAUGCAAAGGGCUGGAUAUCAAAGUGGAUUUCUCUGGCUGUUCCCUGUUGAAAGCAGAGGGACAAUUGGAAAAUCCACGAGCCCAAAUAACCACAGGCCUGGCUGCUGUGCCUCAUGUAAUCCUGCUUCCCUAAAAACACUGCUGCUUCUGCAAUUAAUGAACAGGAAAGGGAAGGGCAAGGGAAUGCCAAGGGAAAGGGAAUGCAAAGGGAAAGGGAAUGCAAAGGGGAAAAAAUGCAAAGGAAACAAAGGAAAAGACCUGCAGUGACCCACUUACCCUGGUCCCCCCUGUGGGUUCCGGGGGGCUCCAUGAGCUGCUGGUGGCACAAAGGUGGGGGGAUCCCAGGGGAUUCACCGACCCUUUCUUGGACCCAAUGCUGCCAUGGCCCCUGGGCUGCUCCAGGGACACGGGGCAGUGCUUCAGUUACAAUUUAAAUACUCUCAUUAUCACUUUAUAAAUAAAGAGGAGCUACUUGCUGAGCAA